AUGUCAAGAAAAAGAUACAAUUCUGGUUCCAAGAGACACAACUCUCCCAAGGGGCAAUUCAAUUCAACAUCCCCCCAAAGGAGUAGCUACGAGGAUUCUCUGGCAGCAGAAUGCCUAAUUAAGGCCUUCUUGGACAUAGGGGGAAUGGAGGACCCUAUUUUAAAAGUAUUAUUCAUUGGAGGCUCUAAACCUAAAUAAGGAGAAACAGAAGUGGAUCUAGCCUUCAGAAGACUGAAAAGCUGCUGGUUAGAAAAGAAAGAGAGGACAUAUGGUAUGAGAGAGGUCCUAAGAAGGGGUUUGG